GGGGGGGAGGCCGGGCCCCCAGGGCAGCGCUGAUGGCACCGGGAUGAGGGAGCUCGAGGAACGUGUGGACAACGCUCUAGAACAGAAGGUUUGGAUUUUGGGUGGUCCUGCGUGGGGCUGGGCUCGGUGGUCCUUGUGGGUCUCUUCCUGUUCGGGUUCUUCUGUGGUUUGAGGUUUCCAGGAGUGGCUGAGGACGGUGGGUGUUGUCAUGCUUGGAGAAUGGGAGGGUGAGAGGUGAUCUCCUUACUCUCUACAGCUUCCUGAGCAGGGGGCGUGGGGAAGGAGGUGCUCGUCUCUUCUGGUUGUGACAGAAUGGCUCGAAGCUGAGCCAGGGAGGUUCAGGCCAGUCAUUAGGAAAAGGUCCUUCAGCGAGAGGCUAUUUGGCAAGAGAGCAGGCAGUGGAGAGGUGGUUGAUGCCCCAUACUUGUCCGUGUGUGAGGCAUCUGAGUAAUGCUCUCAGUGAUGUGUUUUAACCUUGAAUUGGCCCUGAAGUAGUCUGACACUUGGACUCGGUGAUUUUUGCAGCUCCCUUCCAACUGGCACUGCUCUGCUCUCCUCUGUUCUAUCUGUCCUGCCAGCCCAUUUAGGUCGCCCUACAGCAAUGCCCCAUCUGGCUAUUGCAAAGGGCGCAGGAAGCAGCAUGUGCAGCAUCCCUAUUGCAGAGGCUUCUCCUCAGGGCUCUGUGAUCUGCCAGCCUGGGUCAGGCGCUCCUCCUUGGCUGCCAGUUGUUCUGGCUGGGGAGCAAGUGCGUGUGUGUCUGUGCCAAGGCCGUGGCAUUGUGUUUGCUGUUUAGACAGUGGUUCUCAUUAGCCUCUGCCCCUGCAGAGAAGCACUUGUGAACUGAAUCUGUGGAAGCAGCAAGGUGAGGGAGAGAAAAGCCGCUGCCGUUUCUUUGUGCUGAGAUCAGGGAUGCGGCAACGUGAGAUAAUCCAGAUUAUUCCUACCCAGAACGUGGCACCGAACGGCCUACUUCCAGCAGCUGUCUGUGAGCAGCACAGGAGCCUGGCAGCCCACCAAGAGGCUGCUGCUGCCCUCUUCGCAGCCAGAAUCCGUCCCGUGGAGCCUCUUGCUAACACGGAGCAGAUGCUGGCUGUGCACGUGGCCCCAGCUUUCUGCACGCUCCUGGGGCGCAGUGAGUGGGAAGGUCAGUCGCAGUCGAGCCCAGCUCAAGGUGAACGGACCCGAGCCCAAACUGCCCAGGCUUUCAAGCACAGUUGUCCUCGAGUCCUCUAUCGAGGCCGCCAGCUGCUCGCAUUGGCAGUAUGGGCGCUGACCGCCCCGCUGUCCCCACUGCAGCGCUCACUGCUUGUCCUUCAGCAGUACUGCCGUUCUGCCUAGUGAUGCUGAGAAACUUCCUGCAUUUUUUGGAGCUUCUGGUGCUAAACCGGAGCUGGAAAGGAGCCAGGCUAUGCCACCCACUGGGUUUGUGCCUUCUGGAGCAGACAGGAGCAGGGCAUCAAACGAUGCGCUGGAUUCGACACCAGAAAUAUCUGAAAAGGCUGCAGUGUGGGCGAGGAGAAGGCUGCUUUCCUCCUGGUGUCCUUCCCGAGGCAGCAGGCUCUGCUCCUUGGUGAAGGACCUGCUGUCACAGCAGGAGGCCAUUGGCACCGCAGCACAAGUAGCACUGCAACCCUGUUUCUAAAGAUUUGGCGUAAUGUUUUUUCUGUUCUGAAUGGGAGCUCUCGAGGAUUUUGGCACGUUGUUGUCAGAGAGCUUCUGUCCCGUGUGUGUUCCUGCAGUGCUGAGGAACUGAACUGACACUCCUCGUGAGGUCUCUCGUCUUCUCCCCAGGGCAAUGGAUGCGCAGUGAAGUGUCUGGUAGGCUUCUGGUGCUCAGCUUUUGUUUAAGCGUUGUGAUGCUGUGGGUAGAAGUUAGGAAAGGCAAGUCACAGGGAAGCACCUGGUGAUUGGAAGUAAAUGAGGGUGAGGUUUGUGGCUGCUUUUCUUCUGAGCCACCGGCAUGACUGUGGUGCUGAGCUCUAGGAGGUCGUGCAGAUGAUGCUGGGCUCUGGGGAAGACCUGCAGAGCACAGAGGACAGCUGUGGUGAGCUGCGCUCUGCUGGGAGGCUCCCAAAGUGCUCUGCCCCAUCAGAGCCUCCCAAAUGCUGCCAGUUUCAUGGCCAAGAUGGCUGUUGUUUGCCUGGAUGGCAUCAAACAGAGGGCAGGGAAAGAACAGGCCAGUCAGGGUAAUGCAAAGUGUGUGGGACCAUGCAGGAGGGACUCAAAGAUAUCCAGCUCUUCAAGUUGGAGGUAAGGAAGAAUUUCUUCUUUGAAAGAGCAGUGCUGCACCGGCACAGGCUGCCCAGGGAGUGGUGGGGUCACUGUGGAGAUGUUCCAGAACCAUGGGGAUGUGACAGAGGGACGUGGUUAUGGGCACGGUGGUGUGGGUUGGGGUUGGGGGUCUUAGUCAUCUCUUCCACGCUGAAUGAAUCCGUGAUUGUAAGGUGUCACUUGGUCCUUCCACCUGCCCUUUGUGGAAAUUGUGCCUUUGCCUUUUCCUACUGCACGCCUGUCUUUCCUUUCUUAAUGUGAAUUUGUCUCCUGCCCAGCACCAAGUUCAGCAUCAGACUGUUCUGGGUGGGUUUUGUUUUUGCAGCAGCCUUUACAUGUUAUAAAGCUGCAUCUGCUGACACGUCUUGUCUGCACCAGCACCGGUCUCCCAGGCUUUUGUUCGAGGCCAUGCUCCCUGGGCUUUCUUGUGGCCUUGCUGGUCUUCUGUGGUCCAUCUCAGGUGGCCCAAAUCUUUUGAGGGAGUGAAGUGGCUCUUCAGAGGAGAACAUCAUAAUUGCUUCAUGUAUCUUUACAAGCUGGAGGAAAGCAGAAUAAUUAAAGGCACUUCAUAUGUCUUUAUAAGCUGUCCUUUCUCUCAUCCUUCUGUACUUGCCUGACAGUGACGUGCUGGCUCAUGCUCCAUCUGUGCAGCCCUGUGACCCUUCUGGCAGCAGUGCUGUUGCCUUUUCUCCCCCAGCCCACAUUGACGCUGUUGGUUUCUCCCAUCAGCGAUACCUGGCUGUGCCCAUCCCCUCUGAGCCCUUGUUCCAGCCUGCCUGUUGAGUUCCAGCCCUGGUCUCCGAAGCACUGGGUGACGAGUGCAGAUUUUAAAAUGUACUCUGUUCUGUCAUUUACAUCACGCAGGGAAAAGCUGGACGGUGGCAGCAGCAGGGCAGACCUGCCUGAAGCCCUGUGCAUCUCCUCUUAGUGUAAGCGAGACCCACGGCUGACCACUAUUAGUGUGCACGAGCUCUGGGGCACAGGGACACAUCAGCACAGUGGUGCUGCAGCUUCUGUGCUCUGUGGGGUUUCUGUAGCAUCGCUGACCAGGCACUGGUGAAGGUGUGGAUCCAGCUCAUCUGGCUGGUGUGGGGACGCCGGCUGUGCAUCUGCAACCGCAGCUUGGCGGGAUCCGCCUGCUCAGGUUUCCAUGGAGAGCGUCUUGUUGUUGGGGAGGGAGCAGCCUGGCAGACAGUACAGUCAUGGAAAUACCGAUACAGCGUUUGUUUUCCAAGAUGCAUGAAUAAAAUCAUUAACAGUUAGCAGUCUCACUUCCUCCGCUCACACCACCCGCCCUCGGCGGUCUGGCAGGACGACCCGGGAUGCCCGCGGUGUCUUUAUUCUCCAGGCUCCUCGCUCACACGCUCAUCUUGGUACCCCCAGCUUGGCUGCAUCUGCCCAAGCGAGCCGGGUCUCACUUCCAGUUGGCAGCCUCCAUUUCCUACUGGCAGCCUCGACCACUCGCGGGAGCAGCAGCAGAAGCCUUGGGCAGCUCACCCUGGGGACGCUCAGCCGCCACGUCUCAUGGGAUGCAAUGAACCUUCCUCAGAGGGAAUGUCUCAGCUCAGAUCUCUGUUACUGCACGUGCUUGGGAAGGCUGGUGAAGUUCCACGAGCAGAGUGGAGGCGGCCGUGUGGGGCUCCUGCGUCCAACAGCACUGCUGGCGGCUGAGCCCUCGGUGGAAAGGGCUGAGCGCUGGUGUUCAUGGCAGUCUGUCAAUAUUAAAUUAAGGCUAAAUUCCCAUCCUAAAUGUUAUGUUAACAUGAAGUUACAGCGGAGAGCGCAGAGCACAGAACGGCAAUAUGAGGGUAAGAUGUGUUCCGGGGGUAUUGUAAUCAUCCCAAAUGAGGCAUUUGAAACCCAGGGAGUUCCAGAUUUAGGGUUUGCAUCGUUUCUGUUUUUGUAAUUGAAAAACAAUCCAAACAUAGGAAGGCUUAGGAGCGUGUUGCUGAGAUUGUUUGGGUGCCUUUAUUCUGCGCUGCGGGGACAUGGGCAGAUGGAGGAAAAAGGUCUUUAAAAAAUGAUGGAACCAAAUCUGGAAUUACAAAUGUGAAAAUAGCGUGAUCUGGAUUUUAUUGUUAGCGUGUUGUGGCUCUCCAAGGUAACAUUAGGGUUGUUGGGUCUUGACUGUGCAUUUCUGUAUCAGGACAUGUUUGGCUAUUGCUAAUGCAACUCACCUCUAACGCUUCACAAAGCUCAUAAUUUGAGACAAUUGCAAAUCCUGGAGCAUAAUUUUAUUUGUGUUAUGGAUGUGUACUUGGAACUUUAAUUCUGUCAUAACAGACUUUUUUUCCCUGUUUUUUAAGAGCUGCUAAAGAAGCCACGAGUGAGGAUUAGAAUAUCAUAAUAACCGAACUCCAGAGGGCUGUAGGAAGAAGCGUGUUUCACUUAUGGACUCUUUGUCCUGGUGACCCACGGAUCCACAAGGGUGGGAGGUGGGUGGUGAAUUCAGCCCUGAUUUUGCGAUACCUGGUGCUGUGAGAACCCUCAGCUGAGACAUCUGGGAGAAGCCGUGCCCAGGGCAAUGCAUGGCCAUGGCUCUGGCAGAGCAUGGAGUCAGGGAAGCCCCAGGGCUGUGGUGUGUGUGCUCCUGCAGGGGGAGAGCAAUGGCUGGGCAGUGAAAUGGCUCUUCUGGGAGUCACGGUUGCUAUCAAAGCUGCCUGUAGCUUCCAGGCGUGCCAAUGAGAUAUGACAGUCAUUAAUAAUUUGGCUUCAUCCUAACAUGUGUCAUCCAAAGGAACCUGGGCAGAUGAUGUAGGCUGGAUAUCUUGCCUUCCAGCAGCGCUGCACACAGCAGUGGAGUCUGAAGCAGCUCCAGAGCCCACGCAAGAACGCAGCGACUGCAGCGUGCUGUGGGGGCCCAGUCUCAUUGCACCCUGCAGUGCUGCAAGGCAGAGUUCAGUGUUGUGCUGAAGCAUUGCAGAGAAUGUUGGAUGAAUGAUGGCUUUUUUCUGGAGCUGGGGCAGUGACGGCAGCGCUGGCAGUGGUUCAGUAGCAGCAGAGCUCGGGGUGUCAGAACACCUCGCCUGCCUCCCUCUAUGCUUCUUUUGCUCCUGUGUUGUGUUUCAUAGGCUUCAGCCCCUGUUUUGGUGAUAGAACACCAGUGUAGGUCUUCUGCCCAGGUCUUGGGUGUUGCAGUGGGCGCAGCCACUCCUUGCUGCUGAACCUCCCCCCCCCCUCCCCCAUCUGGAACUGCUGCUGUCUGCAGGCUGUGGAGCACGUCUGCUUUCCCAGCCUUGCUGCUCAGGCAGAGUGGAUGCAGCAACAUGAUUUUCUGGGUUGAGUGUUUCUUAUUAUGCCUGUCAGACACUGAUUUCUGAGCCUGUUGUGUUCCCUGGGCAUACCAGGAGGGCAGGCACAGCACAGGCCCAUUUCCUUAAUGACCGGCAGUGAAUUGCCUGCACAUGUGCAGUGCAGAUUUGAGACGCCCUCCAUGUAUUUUUUUUUUUUCUCUGCGGAUUUUCCCCGUUGGAUGAGGUGUUCUCCAUUUGUGGAGUCCCUGCCCAGCUGAGCCUUUAACAGAGCGUCUUCCUUCCAUCUGCACACAGCCCUUAUUUUGUGCUCCAAUUAUUCCAAGGCAGCUCCGCUCCCCUCCGAGCUUUGGAGAGAUUUACCAGGUGGGCACCUGAGGAUGUUCUGGGGCAAAAUGGAGGUGCCCUGUGGCUGCUGCCAUCCCUGUCAGGCAUCAGCAAUCCCUGCCAAGUCGGGCCAUUUGAAGGGGGACCGCAGCAGGCAGCUUGCAGGCUCUGAGAAGCAGUGACAAGUCUCUCCGGGUCAGCGUCCCUGAGUCGGUGGGUUCUCCUGCCCCACGGAUUUGGCUGUUCCUUCUGGACAAACCGGAGGCUUGCUGUCAUGGGGAUGCACUGAACCCUCACCCCAGGAGCUUCAGGCCUGGAUGUUGGUGCUGCACCUCCCAGACGAUGUGGCUGAUACUCUGGAGAAGCCCUCUCUUGCCCCCUGUUCUCCAAGUGCCUGAGCUGGUGGCCAGCUGGGACCUGCGUCUCGCCCUCUGGGUCCUGAGCUUCGCCUCGGUGGUUGUGCGCAUGGAGGGCCAGGUCUACUCUCCCACUGUCAACACUCACUAUGGGAAGCUACGGGGGGUGCGUGUGCCACUACCCAGUGAGAUUUUGGGACCCGUGGAUCAGUACCUGGGGGUGCCUUAUGCCGCCCCCCCAGUUGGGGAGAAACGGUUCAUGCCUCCAGAGCCACCUCCCUCCUGGUCAGGCAUCAGGAACGCUACCCACUUCUCGCCAGUCUGCCCCCAGAACAUCCACAACGCCGUCCCUGAGAUCAUGCUGCCCAUCUGGUUUACCUCCAACUUGGAUAUUGUGGCCACCUACAUCCAGGACCCCAACGAGGACUGUCUGUACCUCAACAUCUACAUCCCCACGGAGGAUGGAGCCAGCGCUAAGAAACAGGGAGAGGACUUAGCGGAUAAUGACGGGGAUGAAGACGAAGACAUCCGGGACAGCGGGGCCAAGCCAGUGAUGGUGUACAUCCACGGCGGCUCAUACAUGGAGGGCACAGGGAACAUGAUCGACGGCAGCGUCCUGGCCAGCUACGGGAACGUGAUCGUCAUCACACUCAACUACCGCGUCGGAGUGCUCGGGUUCCUGAGCACAGGGGACCAGGCUGCCAAGGGCAACUACGGGCUGCUGGACCAGAUCCAGGCGCUGCGUUGGGUCAGUGAGAACAUUGCCUUCUUCGGCGGCGAUCCUUUGCGCAUCACCGUCUUCGGUUCCGGCAUCGGCGCCUCCUGCGUCAGCCUGCUCACCCUCUCCCACCACUCAGAAGGUCUCUUCCAGAGAGCCAUCAUCCAGAGUGGCUCCGCGCUCUCCAGCUGGGCGGUGAACUACCAGCCCGUCAAGUACACCAGCAUGCUGGCAGACAAGGUGGGCUGCAACGUGCUGGACACGGUGGACAUGGUGGACUGCCUGCGGCAGAAGAGCGCCAAGGAGUUGGUGGAACAAGACAUCCAGCCGGCCCGCUACCACGUGGCCUUUGGGCCGGUCAUCGACGGGGACGUGAUCCCAGAUGACCCAGAGAUCCUGAUGGAGCAGGGCGAGUUCCUCAAUUACGACAUCAUGCUGGGUGUCAACCAAGGUGAAGGGCUGAAGUUCGUGGAGGGCGUGGUGGACCCCGAGGAUGGCGUUUCGGGCAGCGACUUUGACUACUCGGUCUCCAACUUUGUAGACAAUCUGUAUGGCUACCCUGAGGGCAAGGACACCCUGCGAGAAACCAUCAAGUUCAUGUACACAGACUGGGCCGACAGGGACAACCCCGAGACGCGCCGCAAGACCCUGGUGGCCCUCUUCACUGACCACCAGUGGGUGGAGCCAUCGGUGGUGACAGCCGACCUGCACGCCCGCUACGGCUCCCCAACCUACUUCUACGCCUUCUACCACCACUGCCAGAGCCUGAUGAAGCCCGCGUGGUCCGACGCGGCCCACGGGGAUGAGGUGCCUUACGUGUUUGGGAUCCCCAUGAUCGGCCCCACAGACCUCUUUCCCUGCAACUUCUCUAAGAACGAUGUCAUGCUCAGUGCUGUGGUGAUGACCUACUGGACCAACUUUGCCAAGACAGGGGACCCCAACAAGCCCGUCCCACAGGACACCAAGUUCAUCCACACCAAGGCCAACAGGUUUGAGGAGGUGGCCUGGUCCAAGUACAACCCCCGCGACCAGCUGUACCUGCACAUCGGGCUGAAGCCGCGGGUGCGCGACCACUACCGAGCCACCAAGGUGGCUUUCUGGAAGCACCUGGUCCCCCACCUGUACAACCUGCACGACAUGUUCCACUACACCUCCACCACCACCAAAGUGCCGCCGCCCGACACCACGCAGAACUCCCACAUCACCCGCCGGCCCAACGGCAAGAUCUGGACCACCAAGCGCCCCGCCAUCUCACCCGCCUACAACAGCGAGAACGGGAAGGAGAAGUGGAGCCCGGAGCAGGAGGCGGGCACCCUGCUCGAGAGCCCCCGCGACUACUCCACCGAGCUGAGCGUCACCAUCGCCGUGGGCGCCUCGCUCCUCUUCCUCAACGUCUUGGCCUUCGCCGCCCUCUACUACCGCAAGGACAAGCGGCGGCAGGACACGCACCGGCAGCCCAGCCCGCAGCGCGGCGCCGCCAACGACAUUGCCCACGCGCCCGACGAGGAGAUGCCAUCCCUGCAGGCCGGCCAGGCGCACCACGAGUGCGAGGCCGUGCCGCCCCACGACACCCUGCGCCUCGCCGCCCUGCCCGACUACACGCUGACGCUGCGCCGCUCCCCGGACGACAUCCCGCUCAUGACGCCCAACACCAUCACCAUGAUCCCCAACUCGCUGGUGGGGCUGCAGACCCUGCACCCCUACAACACCUUCGCCGCCGGUUUCAACAGCACGGGGCUCCCGCACUCACACUCCACCACCAGGGUAUAGCUGCCCGCAGCCGGCGCACACCCAUGCACGCACGCACACGCACUCGGCAGACACUGGCAGAGGGACCGGCGGGAGCCCCCCGGGACGGACAGACAGACGGACGGGUGGCACACACGGACGGUGUGACACCAAGCCCAAACCUGCGGGCGCUGCGCACCGCCGGCCGCCACGCUUCCCUCGGCGCUUUCUUUCAUUCCUUUCUAACUUUGAGAAGUGCUUCAACUCUCCGGCUCCCGGCAGGAGGGCCCCACUGGUGCACCGGGGCUGUGCCCCCCGAUGGGGACACGGCGGCACCUGCACCCACUGAGCACCCCGAGACGGGCGAGCGGCGGUGCCGGGUAUCCCUCUUGGAGGAGGUUUGGCAUCCAGAGCGCCGUGGAUAAGGCUCCGUCACUGUGCCAUGGUGCUAAGGGCAGAGGCAGCAGGCAGGGACCCGGCCUCGCGCUGGGUGCGGGCGCUGGGAGCCGGGGAGCCGCCCCGCGAUGGAGACGUGGCACCUCUGCCCCCUCUUUGCGCUGCAGAGAAUCUCUUUUGUGUCAGUCGUUUCUCUUUGCAGAGACGUUUUUUAAAGCAGAUCUUUAGUUCUUUACACACUAACGGAGUCGCCGCGUUUUGUCCUUUGUAAAGAUUUUAAACCAAGUGUUCUUGAUAUAAAAUAAAAAGCCAGUUAGAAGAACCCCAGCGUGUGUGCGCGGUGCCGGCCCUGACGCGGCCCCACAGCCCCAGUACCCGUGCACGGGGCCAGCGGGCACCAGGCACCAGGCAGGGCCCUGCCUGCCGCGCUGCGAGGCCGCGCUCUUUUGUAUUUUUGAUAUUCUCCCUCCUCUGUCACCCGUGCCCACGGAUCUCAGCCAAAAAGCCCACUCCAGGGCCCAGCCACGGGCGCCCCACAGCCCCUCAGCCCCAUCCCAGCCCCCAGUCCAGUGCCACUCUCUGUGGGGUCGCCCAGUGGGGUUGGAUGCGUGCUGCCAAAGCGCAGCCACCCACAGCCACCCUGCCCUGCUCCCCACCUCGCCACCACCCCAUGCAGGGUGUGCCACUGGGGACAGGGCACCCGCCCCAGGGCUGGGGCACCCGCAGAGCCGGCGAUGGCCACAGGUAGUGGGGAGCUUAGGGCUGGAUGUGGGGAAGUAGCUACCCGGGAGCAGUGAGGGCAGGGGUUGGUUUGGCCCCCAGCGUGGUCACCCUGAGCACAGGAGGGGACGGGUCCUGUGUCCCCACAGGGAUGCCACCCUCAGCCUCGGUCCGGCUGGCAGACGCUGCCCGCACUGGCAGCCGUGACGCAUCGGUGCCGGCUGACCCCACACAGCCCCACACGGCCCCACACAGCCUUGGUUUGGGGUGAGGGUGCUGGUUGGAGAAUGUAUUUAUACCCUGUCACCCGCUCAGAGUAACAAAUUCCAAAUAAAACAGAAGUGAUAUUUUUAAUA